GCACCGUGGGGCAGGACCACACCGAAGCCAUUUUAUUAUUAUAACAGCAAAGGUGCAGGUGCAUCAAUUUUAUUUUUUAAUAGUUACAGUUACAAUUUCACAGCUAACGACACCAUGGGGCAGUGCGGGAUUACAUCGUCCAAAACCGUCCUGGUUUUUCUCAAUCUCAUAUUCUGGGUAAGAAAACGAUCCAUGUUUGGACAAUGUGCAGCAUCCCUGUGAGAGGCCAGAGAUGGAGAGCAUUAGCAGGCUAGCAAACUGCGCCAGAGAUGCUCUGCGGUCAGCUCAUCCGUGAAAGGAAAAAAGCUGCUUUUAUAGGCCAUAGGGACUUUUCACGGACACAACGUUAUCUUAGAAGUAAUGUAAAUAAUGAGAGAAAAGGUGAUCAUGUCAGACAGCUGCUGCACUGUAUUGGUAUCUGCUGCCGCCCACAACUUGUAGCUAUAUGACGUUAUGCAGCAGCAGCAGCAGCUACCAGGUAAUGAUACUAAAGCUGCUCUUGUGGUAACAACCUGCAGACCUGUGAUCUAUGAUGAACUUGUGAGCCAUUAAAUGAACAGACCAGCAGAUCUGGAUUAAGAUAAACAUGUUCUGAAACAGAAAAGGAUGGACAGAGCUCAUCAUCUAUUACAGAUGGAGAGAUAACACGGCCCAGUCCACACUCCACAAGCUUUUAAACUAUACUGUCGUUGUGCUGAGCUGUAUGUGAAACAGUGUAGGUACAGUAUUUUUGUUGAGAGUAACACAAUUUAGAAACCAAAUGAUCAAUCUCUAAUAUUUGUGAUUCUAAUCAGAAUGAUAAGAUCAGAAAUCUAUACAGCACAACACAGCAGCUCCUGAUUUCUUGUGUGAGCAUACAUACUCCACACCACUCCUCUUCACUUCUGUACUACAUAGAAGAUAAUGGAACUCUUUUUUUUCCCCCAGGCUGCAGCUGGAAUUUUAUGUUACAUUGGAGCCUAUGUGUUUAUCACAUAUGACGACUACGACCACUUCUUUGAGGACGUGUACACUUUGAUCCCUGCUGUCAUUAUCAUAGCUGUGGGAACUCUUCUCUUUAUCAUUGGCUUGAUUGGAUGCUGUGCAACAAUACGUGAGAGCUCCUGUGGACUGGCUACUGUGAGUGGAUUACUUUGAUUUUAAGUUUCCUCUUUUAACACAAAUAAGUUAACUGGAAAAACAAAUAUGCAGCAUUUUGCUUUAUACUUCAGUAAACUUGGGAAAACAGAGAGCUACAACAUGAAAUUUUUGUGAAUUCAGCAUUUUAUUUUCAAACCAAUUUACAAGUGAGCUUCCUAACAGUGUUUUUGCUGUCACCUUAGUUUGCUGCCAUUCUCCUGCUGGUGUUUGUAACAGAGUGCGUGGUGGUGGUGCUGGGCUACACAUACAGGGCAAAGGUAAGCCCUCAAAGAUUUCCUAAAUCCUAAAUGUUGCUAAUUUGAGUCAUAAGAAGUUGUGUUUUGUAUAUUUAAAUCUGUAUUUUUUAUUCAAGUGUGAUAUAUGGUAAUAUAUUGUGUAAUAUGGUUAAGAAUUCACAAAGAGGACACUGUAAAAAAUCCUAUUUUGUCAAAUAUUGUUGAAGUUUGGUUUACUUUCUCUUCUCUGCUUCAUAUCUUCCUUGAGUAAGCAGUGUAGUGCCAACAUUGCACAGAAGUUUUAUAAUAAUGUCUAAACAUGUUCCCUUGGGAUGAAAUUCUAAAAGUGCAUCUGCUAGUCAAGAUGGCGCCCAAGAUGGCUGCCUCCUGCGUUUGUGCAGAGAAGUGGCCUUAGAAUCCAAUAGAUAUCUUUUUUCCUAGCUGCCAUCUAUGGGAUUUUUCAGUUUGGAAAAGUUUGGAGCUGUGUUUGGAACAGUUUGGAGCUAUUAUUUCUGUGUUUGACCGGUUCCCAAAUGGCAGAAACACCAACUGUCUUAAAGUACACCAUGGGAUUCAUGAAGAAACUCAGACAAGCUACUACCCCACUAACUCCUCGGCUGAGAAAGACCUUAACAAAAGAGGGAGUGCUACGUGUACCAAACAGAAAAAGAGGCUGUAGAGGAGGUAAGACUAUUGUGCACAACAUUCGGACUGUUGUUGGCAGGAGACCUGACCAGAACAAGCCUCAAAUGUUUGGAUAUGGGAACCCCAGAGUUAAAUUACAAUCAAACUUAAUCAAAGUCAUCAUCCAGAAUAAUAGGCCAACAAACCAUGCCAUGUUACCAACUUUUCUGAUGACGAACCCCAGAUCUCUUGUCUAUAAGAUUGGUGAGCUGCAGUCUGUUCUGAUACAAAACCAUGUGGAUGUGGCUGCAAUUUCAGAAACCUGGUUUAGUUCCCAUAAACCUGAAGAAUUAUUGGGUAUUGAUGGCUACACCUUGUUUUCUAAAUGCCGCAGCACUCGCCGUGGUGGUGGUAUUGCAUUGUACAUCAGAGACUGUGUUCCAUGUUACCCCCUACAUGAAAACCAAUGUAUUUGAAGCCUGAGAUUCUCCCUGCCCUUGCCUCAAGUGACCACAACUGUGUUCUCUGGAGCCCCAAAGCACAAUCAUGCCCACCUCAGUGCAUUAAACGGGUAGUUCAACCUAUAAGGGAGCCUGGUUUGAGUGAGUUUGGUAGGUGGAUUACCACCCAUCCAUGGCAGGAGGUGACUGAAGCAACCAGCACCAAUGAAAAGGCUAAUGCUUUUUACAAUACUAUCGUGGCUGAAAUAAAUAGAAAUUUUCCUGUAAAGACAGUGAAAAUCUAUCCAUCAGACAAACCGUGGAUCACCCUCAAAAUCAAACACCUCAUUUACCAAAGACAAAAGGCUUUUAAAUCUGGAAAAUCAUGUGCUUUGGCUAAGUUCUACAAAAAUAAGGUCCAAAAGGAAAUAUUUGCAGCGAAAAAGAACUUCUACAAGUCUAAGGUGGAAGGAAUGGAAAAAGCAAAUUCCAGAGCUUGGCACAACAAUAUCAGAUCAAUGUGCAGUAAAACUCUGAAAAAGGAGGCCCGGAUCGAUGUCCCAGGAAUUAACCCCCUGGACUUCGUGAGAAUUGCCAAUGCAGUAAAUGCAAAGUUUAUCAAGGUGUCCCAGUCACUGGAGCCUCUGGACCUCUCAGCUUUACCCUCCUUCCUACCAUCCCCCCCACUACCCACUAUACCAGUGUGGGAAGUGUAUAAUAGAUUGUCUUCCAUUGACUGUCAUAAGUCCCCUGGCCCAGACAUGAUCCCCCCCAAAAUAUUGAAGGAGUUUGCAUGUGAGAUCAGUGUUCCUCUUUGUGACAUCAUCAACUGUUCAUUUGAUGAAGGAGUUGUACCUAGACAAUGGAAAGAGGCUACUGUUGUCCCUAUACCAAAGUCAUCCCCAUGCAACAAAGAUGAAUUGAGACCGAUCUCAUUAACAGCGCAACUCUCUAAAAUAUGUGAACACUUUGCUGGGAACUGGAUUCUGAAUGACAUCAUGCCAAACUUAGACCCCAUGCAGUUUGGCAGCCGACAGAACCGUUCCACAACACACAAUCUGGUCAGUCUUAUGGAUUUUAUGUACAGGACCAGUGAUGUUUCAGACUCAGUAUGUACAGUAAUUACAACAGACUUUGCCAAGGCCUUUGAUGCUGUCGACCACACUGUGGCAGUACAGUGUCUCCUGGAUCUAGGAGUGAGACCAAGUUUGAUUCCAUGGAUCUGCAGCUUCAUGACGGAUCGGCAGCAAAAAGUGCGCUACCAGGGACAUCUGUCCGAUUGGGAAUAUCCCACAUGUGGAGUCGCUCAGGGGACUGUAUUGGGACCUAUAGUCUUCCUAGCACUGAUUAACAGCGCCCUCCAGGAUGGACCACAUCACUGGAAAUAUGUGGAUGAUAUGACUAUAGCCCAGUCGUGGAGCCCCAAGGUCCCCUGUACUCUCCAACAGACCCUGAAUGGCCUUGACACCUGGGUAAAUGAGCACAAAAUGAAGCUCAAUCCAAGUAAAUGCAAAGUUGUACAUGUCACUGGCAUGAGACAAAAAACUGCCCUACCAACACUGUCCGUAAACCAAAACAUACUGGAAGUUUGUGACACAGUCAAAGUUCUGGGGGUCACCAUUCAAGCUGACUUGAAAUGGAACAGUCAGGUGGACUAUAUGUUGACCUCAGCCAACAGAAAGCUGUUUGUCCUAUGCCGUCUGAAGAAAUUCGGAGUCAAAGACCCAGAAUUGGUCUCCAUCUAUACAGGCUAUGUUCGGCCAGUGCUGGAGUACGCUGUCCCAGUCUGGCACAGUUCCCUUACUGCCAGCCAGUCAAAUAGUCUGGAAAGAGUUCAAAAACGGGCGAGCAGAAUCAUUCUGGGCCAGCGGUAUAUAGGAUACACAGAAGCUCUCCACACCCUCAAAUUGUGCUCCCUAGCAGAGAGGCGCACUCAACUAUGUCUUGAUUUUGCCAGAAAGCUGUUCAAGUCCAAUUUCAGAAACUGGCUACCCCCACUCAGGAAAGAGAUCUCUGGACGACAAACACGGAAUGGAGAUGACCUGGACACCCCAACAUGCCGAACUGAGAGAUAUAAGAAAUCACCAAUCCCAUAUAUGUGCAGACUAUUAAAUGAGAAUGGUGUUUAGCUUUUUAAGUUUUUAGGUUGUUGCUUCUUAAGCUGCAUUUUAUAUUUGAAGUUUUAUUUUUUGUAAUCAGCAAAAUAAUUCAGUGUUUUUAAUGGCAUCUGUCUUUUUUAAACAUCUGUGAUCAUGCUGAAAGCUGAAUAAACAUAAUGAUGAUGCUGAACAUUGACUGUAAGAUACACUGUUUUUGUUUCAGGUGGAGGAUGAGGUGAAUCACUCCAUCCAGAAGGUUUACAAUGAAUACAACGGAACCAACACUGAUGCUCCCAGCCGUGCCAUUGACUAUGUGCAGAGGCAGGUGAGAAGAACUACGUCUUAUGUUCACUAUUUUCCCUCAGUCAGCUGAAUUCAGAUGCUGACCGCUGUUUGUUUUCACAUCAUAUACCCAAAGCCGGACUAAAUGUUUUCCAUAUUUUUCUUCUUUUUUUCUCUGUCAGCUCCACUGCUGUGGUAUUCAUAACUACUCUGACUGGAGAAACACGCGCUGGUUUAAAGAAUCCAAAAACAACAGUGUCCCAGUGAGCUGCUGUCAGCCCAGCAUCAGUAACUGUACCGGCACCCUGACUCGACCAGCUGAUCUUUACCAAGAGGUACAAAGGCAUUACUGUAAUGAUGAGCGUUUCUAUCUGAAACAACUGAAUAAAAUAUGCGUCAACAAUUCCUAAAUGACAAUUACUUUCUGCUCCAGGGCUGUGAAGCACUUGUUGUGAAGAAGUUAAAGGAGAUCAUGAUGUAUGUCAUAUGGGCUGCUCUGACUUUUGCAUCUAUACAGGUAAGCAGAAACUGUUCAAGAACUGUCAUGAUUAGGAGGGAACACAUCAGACAGAGCUGGUCUAACAAUUUAUUUCAAUAUGUGCAAUCAGACAGUUUUUAAACCAAACUCAAUGACAGGGUAACAAAAAACAACCUCCCUGAAAGUGAACAAGUUACUCAAUCAUCAAAAUGAAAAUGAAAAAAUCAAGACUAAAAUAAAACUAGUGUAUUCUAAAAUUUGCAGGGCUGUUUCGUGGUUCAUCUCUGACCUGUGGGGUAUACUAUGAAGCAGUAUUUACAGUUAAAUGAAGCAAUUUCAGGGUUUAUUUCAGGACACGUUCACCUGUAUGAUUCAACAUUAACAGUCAUUGAUUGUACUUCCCUAAUAUCAUUCUUAAACAGACUAAAGAAGAUAACACCAAAAAUGUUAGGUGUGAAAUUGUGCAUGUUUGUUGCUUUAGAUUAUGUUUGAAUAUUCGUUUGUAUUAUCUCCAUAUUGCUCUCUUUGAUACCAUUAAGGCUCUGGCUGACAUAAAUGUCUAAAAUGGUGACACACACUUCAAGAAUAAACCCAUGCUACACAUCAGUUUCUGGGGUUAAACCUGAGUUGCUGUCGGAUCUUCUGUAUACCUGAUGGAGAAAGUAAUAUUUACUUUGAAUGUUUUUCUCCUAUCUGACAGUUCUUUCUUCAUUUUUCAAAAGUGACUGUAUUGAUUUGAGUCUGAAUGAUGUGGGUGAAUUUUUCAUAUUUCACUGAACCAGCUCUGUGAUUGAAAAAAAAAACUAUGACGAUCCACUGACAGCAAACUCAGUCUGAUUAAUGUUGGUUACAUGUCGCUUACCCCGUCCUUUUCAUGUGAAUGCACUUACACUAACUCUGGGUUGACUUAGCUGGUUGAUAACCCACUCAGCGUGACCUGGGGGAUUAGUGAAACCAGGCAAGUACAAGAUACCCUAGAUAUGUCCAAUUCUCUUUGUAGUUUAGACUCCUGCUUUUUUGUUGUUUUUACAGAUGUCAUGAGCACAGCUGACAGUUCAGUGACCUUUUCUUGCCCUUUGAUUUUAGAAAACAAGUAUUUUAAUUACACAGCUCAAUUGCAAGAGUGUGAUUCUGAUAAACAGCAAAAUAAUGACACUCUGGGAUUGCUACAGUCCAAAUCAUCCAUACAUCUAUAAGAGACAAAGAUGGCAGUAAUCCCAAAUGUAAGAAAGUACCACAAUUUUAGAAAUAAUAAUAAUAAUAAAAGUUAAUAUGCUCAGCACUUAACAAAACCAAUAUUACAAAGUGUUUUUACAACAUAUAAACCCAGAGUGAAAUACUUAACUUAAGGAUAAAAACUGGAUGGUAUACAGAAUUAAAGAAUGGCAAUUGUAAAAUAAUGGCCAGAUAAAGGUUACGUAAAUGAAACAGUAUAUAGAUAAAGGGGCAAAGAUGCAUUGAAGCCUUUUGAUAAAGAAUUGUUUUCUUGGGGGAUUUAAAAGAAGAUACUGAUGUAGCAAGGUGGUGCUAGGCAUGGGCAGUACCGACCGGGGUAACCCUGCUCCCAAGCACUGACAAAAGCCUCAAUAACCAGUCACCCAAGAUAACAGCCAAACACACUUGUUAGAACAUGGCACUUCUCUUGUACAUGCAAAAAGAUGCUAUUCUUUUGAUCUGAAAUGCUCUAAAGCAGUUUUUUACAACAUUAAGUAGGUCAGGAGGAUCGAUAAGAAUGAGAAAAGAAGCCCCCUUACAUGCUUGCUUUUUUCAUUUUACUGAUGUUUUUUUAUCUCUCAAAGUCAUCAGGACUUGAAUGAGGGUUUUUCUUUCUUCUCUUGUCCUCCUGCAGAUGCUUGGGAUGCUCUGUGCCUGCGUGGUGCUGUGCAGGAGGAGUCACGACCCAGCGUAUGAGCUGCUUGUCACAACCAACAGCUAUGCAUGAAAGCAGAACCAAGCACUCCAAAAAUGAAGAAAAAAAAUACAAAAAGAGAAUCACCAGACAUGUCCACAGUAGAUUUCAGCUGUAGUUAUAUAAGCUCAAGCACACCUUGCACAAUUCACAAUAAAGUAGCGUACACUGACGACAUUGUUUGGGUGGGAGGGGCUUCAAAGGGAAGACAUUUAUUUAUGACAUGCUUUGUGAGUUACUGUUACUUUAUUUUUUUCUGUCAAAUAAUGGAGUAUUUAUUCAAGCCAAAGCCAUAAAUGGCUUACUGACACUAUUCAAGCUGAUGAUGCUGAUUUUAUUUUUAUUUUAAUUGUGGCUUCAGAGCAUUUUUCUUUUCCCAAGGAUGAGGAUGAAGAGAAUUUAUCAGCGGUGUAUGCGUGAAAUAAUUGAAAGGAGUUUUGUCUGGAAUGUAUUUCCUAGUGUGCUAGUUUGCAUUGCGGCUGCAGCUCAGCUGAGGUUUCAUGGUUGCUUAAACAAGAAAUGUGAGCAAAAAAGAACAGGAGCACUAACCUGAAGAACCUAGAGUGAACCGACUUUGUGAAAAUGGAGAAACCUUUCACUGUAGAGUAAACAGAAUCUGUGCUUUUAUUUUAGAUGCUUGAUAGUGGAGCAGCGCUGUGUGUGGUCCUUAAACCAUGAUUGGUAGAAAGAGUUCUUCAUUUUUACAAACAUUCAGGCUGUGAAUAAUGUACAUUAUAUUUUGGUGUUUAUGUUCUGAUUCAGGCUUCUUCUGUGAGGCGUUGCCAAUGUAUAAAUUGUGAAUGACCCUUUUAGAAUCCAGUGUUAUUAGUAUGAGUAUUACCAGUGUUACAUGAAGAUGUGUGUAUGUGCACAAAAAGUUACAGUCAGAUAAUCUCUCCUGUUUAGUUUGUCAGUUACAAACCUGCUUUAAAGAAUUAUGACCUAUUAUUUUAUACAUUAUCUGUGAUAUUGUGUACCCUUUGACAUUUUUAGCAGUUAAGUUGACCCCCAGAUAUUUGGCUAAAGCCACAGAGAAAAGUAUGACAAACAAAAAGCUGUGUAUAGACUUGUGAAGAGGCAGAAGAGAAAUAAACUCAUACAUUUCAAGUUAAGUGUUUGAUUA